AGUGCAAUAUCACAGCCCGUAACUAUAGCGAUUCAAUAAGUUUCCCUUUCACAAGCAAACUAAUUUUUCUUCUUCCAAUUUUUUUUCCUUAUAAACUUGAAAAACAAAUCCAUCACUAAUUUCUGCAACAAAACUAUUUAUUAAAUCUAUCAAAAUCUUCUCUCUCUUUUACUCAUCACAAUCAUCAUCCAUCAAAUCCCUAGAACACAAAUCCACCAAAUUCACAGCUCAAAUGUCGCGAGAAGAUGCAGCAAUUGCAGCAAUAAAACACGCUUUGAAAGCUCUGAAGAAGCGGCAUUUACUGGAAGAGGGCGCUCAUUCGCCUGCUAUAAUCGCUCUCUCUCGCCCGAUUGUGUCUCAGGGCUCGGAGUGGAAAGAAAAGGCUGAAAAUCUCGAAGUCGAGCUCCAGCAAUGUUACAAAGCUCAAUCUCGAUUAACAGAACAACUUGUGGUGGAAGUCACUGACUCCAGAGCUUCGAAAGCUUUAGUACAAGAGAAAGAUUCUCUGAUAUCUGACUUGCAAAAUGAGCUUACUCAAGCAAGGGAUGAGUGCUCCCGUUUAGCAACAUUGUUGGAAGAAAAGACUAAGGCUCUAGAACUGUUGAUGAGUGAGCACCAGGAACUUAAGGAACAGUUUGAAGCAACCACUCUUAGAGCUGACAAUGCAGAGGCUGAAAAUAAGAUGCUAAUUGACCGUUGGAUGUUGGAGAAGAUGAAAGAUGCUGAACGCAUGAACGAGGCAAAUGCUAUUUAUAAAGAAAUGGUGGAUCGCCAAAAGGAAACAAGCAUAGAGCUUCUUGCCCGUCAACAAGUCGAUGGUGUUGUCCGCCAAUGUGAAGAAGGUGCCGAGUACUACGCUGAGUCAACAGUUCCCACUACAUGCAGACAAAGAAUCCCAGCCCACGAAGGUGGCUGUGCCUCCAUAUUAUUCGAGCAUAAUUCCGGUAAAUUAGUUAGUGGAGGACAAGACAAAACUGUCAAAAUGUGGGACACAAACACAGCUUCAUUAACCCGCACUCUCCAUGGUUGUCUUGGUUCAGUUCUCGAUCUCUGCAUUACCCACGAUAAAAAAUCCGUAAUUGCAGCAAGCAGUUCGAACAAUUUGUAUGUAUGGGAUGUAAGUUCGGGUAGGGUAAGGCACACAUUAACCGGCCACGUGGACAAAGUCUGUGCCGUUGAUGUCAGCAAAGUCUCGAACCGCAACGUUGUGAGUGCUGCAUAUGACCGGACGAUUAAAGUGUGGGACCUUCAGAGAGGCUACUGUGUGAACACGAUAUUAUUCCACAGCAAUUGUAACGCACUUUGUCUUAGUAUGGAUGGACAGACCAUUUGUUCGGGCCAUGUAGAUGGGAAUCUUCGGUUAUGGAAUAUUCAGACAGGGAAACUGAUAAGCGAAGUGGCAGCUCAUUCUUUUGCAGUUACGUCUCUAUCAUUAUCAAGAAACGGGAACGUGAUUUUGUCUAGUGGGAGAGAUAACCUGCACAACUUAUUCGAUAUGCGCACGCUUGAAAUAUGUGCGACUUUGAGAGGGAAUGGGAGUAGAGUGGCGUCGAAUUGGAGCAGGUCUUGUAUGAGCCCAGAUGAUGAUUAUGUUGCCGCUGGAUCUGCUGAGGGCUCGGUGAAUAUAUGGUCGGUGAAAAGUGCAAAGAUUGUGAGUACUUUAACGGAGCACACUUCGCCUGUUUUGUGCUGCUCGUGGAGUAAUCUUGGCAAGCCUUUGGCUACCUCUGAUAAGAAUGGCAACAUUUGUAUUUGGUCUUGAUUGCUCUAUUCUUGGUUUGAUGAAGCCCGAUUAACAUCAAAGCCCGUUUGGAUUUAUGAUUUCCUUAACGAUUAUUGCUCAUGGAUGAAAUCAGGUACUCAGCAGAAAUUACGAAGAGUUCAGCAUUGUGUAUAAGCGUUUGAGAUUAGGAGUCUAGUAAAGAUGUUCGUAUUGGAGGGUGUAUAUAUUCCGUAGCACGGUGCAUAACGAUUCUGCUCUUGGUGAUAAAAAUCAAUGUGGGAAGUAGAAUUUGAUCAUUAGAUUUAGUUUCAUUGGAACAAGACAUACAUGUACAUGUUUUUUCUCUUGAAUUCUUUAUGUUUAUAGUUCCACUGCUAUAUAAUGUUUGCAUAUUUGUCGAAUCUCGUUUUUUUUUCUUCU